AUGUAUGACCCCAAUGAUUAUACUGUGGGUUGGAUCUGUGCUCUACCUACCGAGUACGUCGCCGCCCAGGAGUUUCUUGACGACGAGCAUGAUAAGCCGGAGUUCUUGCCAGUUCACAGCAAAAACCACUACGCCCUAGGGCGAAUGGGAAGGCAUAAUGUCGCUAUUGCCACAUUGCCACUAGGGGAGUAUGGUAUUACCUCUGCUGCGCGUGUAGCGGAUGACAUGCUCCAUUGCUUUCCGAACAUCCGCAUCGGGCUGAUGGUUGGUGUUGGUGGCGGUGUGCCAACUCGACAUGAUGUCCGUCUUGGAGAUAUUGUCGUCAGCACUCCUCGAAAUGGUCUGGGUGGUGUUCUUCAAUACGACUUCGGUAAGACCAUCCAGGAUAAAAGCUUUGAGUUUACAGGCUUUUUGGAUCAGCCGCCCACCAUUCUGCGCAAUGCAGUCGCUGGACUCUUGACUCAUUAUGAGCGCAAAGGUCAUAAUAUACAACAGGCAGUUGAAGAUGUCAUCGCAAACAACCGAAGAUUACGAUCGAAAUACCAAAAACCGGAUCCUGUUAGUGAUCGGCUUUUCCAAAGCGAUCACACUGGCGAAGAUCUAUCAUUUCUGGUUCAAAGAGAGGAGCGCGAUGAAGACCUUGACAACCCAAUGAUUCACUAUGGCCUCAUCGCAUCAGCUAGUCAGCUUAUGAAGGAUGCUCUCAUCCGUGACAAACUUGCAAAGGAGAAAGAUGUCCUAUGUUUCGAAAUGGAAGCAGCUGGACUGAUGAAUCACUUCCCCUGUCUGGUUAUUCGUGGCAUUUGCGAUUACUCCGAUUCGCACAAAACCGAACAAUGGCAAGGGUACGCGGCAAUGGUUGCGGCAGCAUAUGCGAAGGACCUUUUGUCUGAAAUCGCUCCGCAGCAGGUUGAGAGAGAGAGAAAACUCUCUGAAUACUUAGUGGAAAGGAUUGAGAAAACAGUGAAUGAUACUUCCUCCGGUAUGGCAGACUUGCUUACGGCCCAAGAAGAAGAAGAUCGCCGAUCAAUUGCUAAAUGGCUUACACCGGUCAACUAUGCCGUUCAGCAAAGCGAUUUCUUAGGUCGUCGACAAAAAGGAACUGGGACCUGGCUCUUAGAAUCAAAGGAGUUCCAGUUGUGGCUCACUCAGCCACGUGAACAUCCUACGCUUUUCUGUCCAGGUAUUCCAGGAGCUGGUAAAACUAUAAUUACAUCAAUUUUAAUUGCGUACCUCCAAGCCCAUUUCCAGACUGAUCCUAGAGUUGGUAUUGCCUACAUCUUCUACAAUUUCCGGCAACAAGACCAACAAAAUUUGACCGACCUCAUCGCGAGUUUACUGAGGCAGCUUGCCCACGGCCAGGGCCUUGAGCCUGUGAGAAAGCUUUAUAAAAAGCAUAACGAGGAUCCACGAAGCGAGACCUAUGCUUCACUCGAAGAACUUCGCGAUACAUUGCAUGCUGUCGUCACCUCCUACUCCCGAGUCAUAAUUUUGAUCGAUGCCUUGGAUGAAUGCCAAGUCCACGACAGCCGUGAAGUGUUCCUCCGGGAGCUCUUUAGUCUCCAAGAAAACGCCGGGACAACUUUAAAUAUUUUUGCGACAUCAAGAUAUGACCAAUCCAUCGAAAUGUUUUUUGAGAGGAGCUUGAAACGAAACAUUCACGCCGAUGAGGCAGAUGUGCGAAAUUAUAUCGACGACAGACUGCACAGAUUUCCCUCUUGGGUGGCAAAAAACGAUUCCCUGAAAGAAAUGAUUAAAGAAACAGUUACGAGGGCUGUGGAUGGAAUGUUUCUUCUUGCGCAACUCUAUCUUGAUAGUUUGGCUUGGGAGACUACACCUAAGGGUAUAGAACAAACCCUUGCAGGCGUUGUGGAAACUUCCGACAAAUUGAACGACAGAAAUGAGAGCAAAUUGAGAGCACUGAACAAAGCAUACAAAGUGGCCAUGCGACGAAUCAAAGGCCAAGCACCACAAUACUUCAAGUUGGCCAGGAAAGUCAUUUCUUGGAUACUUUGUGCCAAGAGACAGCUGACCCCACUAGAGAUUCAACACGCUGUUGCUGUGGAGCUUGGGAUGCCGAAGUUUGACGGAAAAAAUAUUGCAGAUAUCGAACUUUCAAUCUCAGUUUGUGCUGGGUUGGUCAUCCUUGACCACGAAACCAAUGUCGUCCGCUUUGUGCACUAUACAACACAAGAAUAUUUUGAGCAUACAUGGAAAAAGUGGUUUCCUGGAUCGCACAUUCACAUCGCAAAAGCAUGUGUCACAUACUUGUCUUUCGACACUCUCGAUAUUAUGGGUCCGCCAAAACUUGGGAACUUCUACUUCGAACGAAGAUCGGAGAUAUACCCUUUUUACCAAUAUGCUGCACAGUUUUGGGGCUAUCACGUUGGAGAAGCACAAAUGGAAGAGGAGCAAACCACUCUAAACAUUCUUCAGAGUACGGGAAUUCCCUCAAUUUAUAUCCCAGACAUCCACGGGUUUGCUUUCGGGGAUUUCCUUACGACUGAAGUGACAGGCUUGCACGUUGCAGCUCCCUUUGGGCUUCUUAAGCUUAUGGCAGACUUCCUGCAAGCCACCCCCAUCAAUUUGAAGGAUCAGCAUCAUAGGCAGCCGCCGCUGCAUUGGGCCCGUCAUAGUGAAGCGGCGGUGAAGUUACUGAUCGAUAAUGGGGCUGACAUGGAGGUGACAAACGGGCGCGACGAGACGCUAUUAACUGUAGCCAUCGAAGAAAAAAGCGAGGCUAUAGUGAAACUGCUUCUCGACAAUGGGGCAGAUGCUAAUGCGAAAAAUACCGUAGGGUUUCAUCCGCUGAACACAGCGGUUUUAUACGGAAACGAAAGGCUCAUAGAGCUACUUCUUGACAACAGAGCCAAUAUUGACGGAGAUAGCAUCAAGAGAUUCGAAAAACCUGUCAGGCCUGGAGGGUUCCAUGACACGCCGCUAGCAGUCGCCGCUGGACGAGGAUAUGAAAAUAUAGUGAAGCUGCUACUCAAGAGAGGAGCCAACAUCGAGGCAAAAUCUUAUUUUGGUGAUAGCCCGCUGAUAUCCGCUGCUUCACACGGAUUUCUUGAUAUCGUCAAGUUGCUACUUGAAAAUGGAGCUGAUAUCGAGUCAAUGAGUUAUUUCCAUUGA